AUGUCUGAAAAAACCUCUCCUAAACUUUCUUAUGAAAAUACUGAAGUAACUGUAUUUUCGAAUCAAGAUUAUUCCGACAAUGUUAAUCGAAUUAAAAGAGUAAAUGAAUUAGAGGAUGAUAUAAAAUCAUAUAAUAAUGAAAUUGUACAAAAAAAUGAAAAACUCGACUUAACUGUUAAAAAUUUAAU